AUGUGGCGACUACAUAUCUCCACUUCACUGCCGGCGGCGCCGACCGAUGAUGGUGUGUCGAUACUCGUGGGGCAGCGCUCUUGCGUCUCUUCCUCUGUAAAUGAGGCCCCUUGCACCGUGUGCGUGCUAGCUGGCUAUGUGCAGUGCGACGACCCCAGCGUGGCCGAAGAGCAGAUAGAGAGUCUGGAGAACGUGCUCCCGUUCGGCAUCGAGGUGUUGGGCUUUGCGGGAGACACGGCUGCACUGACAUCUCUCGCAGCGGAGCUGCCUGAUUUGAAGAGGAAGGAGCUCGUUGAGGUUGUCGUGCCUAACGGAAAAAGAAACCUCCCGCCCACUUGCCGCAUGUUUGGUGCGCCUUCGAAAAAAGUGGAGGUUUCGGAAAGCGAUAUCGCCUUCGUUGAGGCUCGUUGUGCCUUGCACACGUGCGACAGCACCUUGCCUUUACUGAUCUCCUGCUCCAAUGCACUUCCGCAAGUAGUGGACGGGGAGAGCUACGCUCCGUUGACGGAGUGUGCCCCCUCGUCUUCGAGCAAAAUCGAGCUAAUCCAGACUGGUGCGGUGUCGAGCACUCUUCGCAUUCAUGUCGUUAUGGUCCCUUCGCUCAUGAGCGCUAGCGGGCUUUACGAAACUCUCUUCCGCCAGCUGAAGGUGGCUUGGACGUCCAGGACUACGCGCCUCAUCGAGAUCAACUCUCACAACGCUCACCUAUCCUAUUGCUGCCGUCUCGAGUGCGAUGUCGACGCCUUUGACAGCACAGAUACCAUCACAGAGGACGAGUGGGGCGUGAUGUUGGAGAUGAUGGAGGAUGCGACCGGACAAAGAGUCUCACGCGGUGAUGUUCGCGGUAUAAAACCAUUCCUCCAACCCUGCAGGAAGAGCGAAACGUCUGCGACGGAGGCAGCGAAGAAGUCGCCUGCUCAGUUGCCUCACUUUCUCCUCCUCGGUCUGAUAGUUGUGGUCAUGGCUGUUGCUGUGCUGGCGCGAUGA